AUGUCACGGCCUGCCCUGGCCGGCAGGCCCCCCGCGCUGCGCCCUUCUCAUGGCCGCCCUCGCUGCGGCGAGUGCCGCCGUCGCGCCCCCCCCCCGCUGCGGCCCCCCCCCCCCGCUGCUGCCGUCCGCGGUGCCGCCGUUGCCGCCGCCGCGGCCAUCAUGCCACGGCCUGCCCUCCCUCCCCCGGAGGAGCUCCCGGCCCCCGAGGCCCCUGAGACGCCCCCGCCGCGCUCCCCCCCGGCGGUGGUUUCCCCUUCCUUUCUGGCGCCGCCCUGGGCUCCCCGUCCACGGCCCCCUCCCUCCGCUGAGGAGGAUGUUUUUUUUUCUUUGCCUCUAAACGUGACCAUCUCGGUCACGGUAAACGGGGUCUCCGCCGCCCUCGCCGCCGCCCUCGCCGCCGCUGCCGCCUCUGCCGCCGCCGCGGGCACGUUGCGGGGGCCUGCCCCAACCGGCAGGCCCCGCCCCCCGGGCAUCCCCCUCCCCCCCUCCCCCCGCCGCGCCGGGCUCCCCGGCCCCAUGAAGAUGUUGCCGCGAUAA